AUGGCAAAACACAUCACAAUUCCAAAAAAUUUCAUGACGAUAUUCAUUGUUACUUUUUUUAUGUCCAACGCAUUGGCAACAACCUUGCUCCCACCAAAUGAUAUUGCUGAUAGAUUUCAUAAUGAUUCUGAGACCAUCAAAAUAGCCUCUAGUGAUUUUGGCCAUAUAGUUCAAGAAAUCCCAGCUGCUGUUUUUUAUCCGAACUCCAUAGAUGAUAUUGCAAGCUUAGUAAAAUAUGCCUACAAUAAUUCUGUUCCCAUUAACGUAGCAGCUAGAGGUCAAGCUCAUUCCACAUGGGGACAAUCUUUGGCUCGUGAUGGUGUUGUGGUCAACAUGACCUCUUUGGAAAACCGUUUAAAUGGGUCUGGAAUAAUAGUCUCGAGCGACUCUUCUUUGGGGUCCUAUGCUGAUGUAGGAGGCGAGCAACUUUGGAUUGAUGUGUUGAAUACAACACUACAGUAUGGUCUUUCACCAGUCUCUUGGGUUGACUACUUGUACCUUACUGUUGGAGGGACACUGUCCAAUGCAGGGAUCAGUGGCCAAUCUUUUCGUUUUGGUCCUCAGAUCAGUAAUGUUUAUGAACUUGAUGUUAUCACCGGGAAAGGUGAAUUUGUGACUUGCUCGUCAAAGGAAAACUCCGAGCUAUAUUAUGCGGUGCUUGGAGGCUUAGGUCAAUUUGGGAUUAUAACCAGAGCAAGGAUUGCCCUAGAACCAGCUCCAAAAAGGGUUAAGUGGUUACGACUGUUUUACAGCGACUUCUCUGCAUUUACUAGAGAUCAAGAAAGUUUGAUCUCAAAAAAUGAAAGGAGGGACAACAAAGCACUUAAUUAUUUAGAAGGCAUGCUUCUACUAAACCAAGGUCCUCAAGAUCUUUCCUUUUACCCAGUAUCUGCCUACGCAAGAAUAAAUUCGCUAGUAACCAAAUAUGGCAUCAUCUACUGCCUAGAAGCAGCCAAAUAUUAUUAUGAUGACAGAGAAAGUAGGGUGGAAAAGGAGCUACUAGAUUUGCUCAAAGGGAACCUAGGCUUUCUACCUGAUUUUAUGUUCGAGAAAGAUGUGACAUACAUGGAAUUCUUGAAUAGAGUCAGAAGUUCAGAGCUAUUUCUUAGAUCAAAAGGACAAUGGGAAGUUCCUCAUCCAUGGUUGAAUCUCUUUGUACCUGAAUCUCGUAUCUUGGAUUUCAAUUCGGGUGUUUUGAAGAACAUCAUUCUUAAGCAAAAAAUUCCCGCAGGAAUUGUCCUAAUUUACCCCAUGAACCGAAACAAGUGGGAUUAUAAGAUGUCUGUGGUUAUACCGGAUGAAGAUGUUUUCUACGUUGUAAGUAUGCUGCAUUCAAGUGGAUUCAAUAAAUGGGAGGCAUAUGAUAACCAAAACAAAGAGAUAUUACAAUUCUGUGAUGGUGCCGGUAUUAAAGUUAAGCCGUAUCUUGGACAUUAUGAAACACAGGAAGAAUGGAUAAACCAUUUUGGCUCGAAGUGGGAAUCUUUUAGGGCACGAAAAGCUCUGUUCGACCCUAAAAUGAUAUUAUCUCCAGGACAGAGAAUCUUCAAUAACAAUUAG